UUCGUAUGUACUUGUGUGUAGAUAAUUUUACAUAAAUAUUAAAUUAUUUCCUAAAUAUUUAGUGCAUAUCUAUGAUGUUAAUAAAUAAUAAUAAGUAUCUUUCUGAUUAAAGAACAUAAAUACUAAAGAAGACAUACUAACUAGAUAGGAACACAAUGGAAAAUACCGAGAAAGCAGAUUUGAAUGACGCGAAGACUUGUAACUUACUGGCCAAAGGUAUUUUGGAGUUGUACGAACCACCAUUGACAACAAUAAACACUCAUUUGAAGGAAUUAACGGAAAAGCAAGAUGCUAUACACAACACAAUAAAAUUUGAGAGGCAAAAGCUAGAAGAUAUACAGAAUGAUGCAAUGCUGGAUGCAAUGUUAGCCGAUAUUGCAACAAACAGAGAAAAACUAUUAACCAUAUCGAAUUCAAUGAUGGUACUACAUAAAAGAGUGCAAUCGUUACAGGUCAGGGCAGCCAAUGUAGAAAAGGCAGCUAACACUAGAGCUGCUACCAGUAAACAUACAAGUAAUUAAAUCUUAUACAAGUGACAGUAACAAAGUGUCCUAUAAAUAAAUAAGUCAGUGAGUCCUACCCUGUGCAGUAAUUAAGGCAAUCAUUUUUUAAUUUAUUUAUUGCUUAGAUGGAUAGGCGAGCUCACAGCCCACCUGGUGUUAAGUGGUUACUGGAGCCCAUAGACAUCUACAACGUAAAUGCGCCACCCACCUCGAGAUAUAAGGAUAUAAGCUAUAAUAUAAUCAUGCCAUUGGCUGGAGCCCUUUUUAUUUGAAGGCACUUAAUUCGUUUUGGCGCUAAGGAAUAACAUGUCGAGUUGUGAAAGGCAAUUUGGUUUAAGCAACAUUUCACUUAAUAUGCGACAUUUAUCAUUUUAUAGUUCGAUGGUUUUUAAUUUAAAUUCAAUUAUAUUUACCACAUUCAAAUAGCUGAAGAAGUUAUGAUAUUUUUUUCAAAUUUUAAACUUUAAACUUUAAACGGAUAUGGAGUAAAGUUGUAAAAACCUUGCUUAAAGCCUUUCACUCCUCGAUGUUAUAAAUAUUUAAAUUUACACCAUACAGUGAUAAAAUGGAAUUUAAGGGAGUUGAUGAUUCCAAA